AUGCCUGCAGUCGCCGCAGCCAAGAUUGUAAGCCAAAAGUCAUUCCAAGUCGCCGGCAAACUCAAAAUAACAGAGCAUUUCUUCGACGUACCCAAGGAUUACUCCAAGCCUGAAGAUGGCACGAUCCGCGUCUUCGCCCGCAGUGCGAGGAAGUUCGAAAAGCCCAUAGUCCCCACAACCAAGCCAAACCCAGAGAAGGAACAGUUGCCUUGGAUGGUCUUCCUCAAUGGAGGUCCAGGAAUGGAAUGUCGCUCGCCCCAAGCAUACGGAUUCACCAACAGAAUUCUGGAUGCCGGAUACCAAUUGCUAUUUCUCGAUCAACGUGGUACUGGUCUUUCGACUCCAGUUACGGCAUCCACUCUCCAAAUGCGAGGCUACAAUGAUGUACAGGCCCAGUACUUGAAGCUUUAUCGUGCAGACAGCAUUGUUCGAGAUUGUGAAUCCAUCCGCCAAGCUCUCACUGCUGACUAUCCGGAAGAGAAACAGAAAUGGUCGAUCAUGGGUCAAUCCUUUGGAGGCUUCUGCAGCAUUUCAUACCUCUCAUUUCACCCAGAGGGUUUGAGAGAAGCUUUCCUGUUCGGUGGAUUGCAGCCGCUUGUAAAGUCACCAGAUGAAGUCUACAGAAGGCUGUAUCAGAAGGUCAAGGAGCGAAAUGAAGCAUUCUACACUAAAUAUCCAGAAGAUGUGGAGAGGGUGAAGGCCAUCAUGAAAUACCUCUGCCGCUUUGGCGAUGGCAAGAUCAAGUUGCCGUCUGAUGGAAAUCUCACUAGAAGGCGGCUCCAGCAACUUGGCAUCUCGCUGGGAAUGCACGGUGGGUUAGACUCAGUGCAUGAGAUUGUGCUGAGAGCCAGCAGCGACAUUGAGCUAUUCGGCCACAUCACGAGAGCAACGCUCGGUGCUAUUGAUAAUGCUCAGGGCUUCGAUAAUCACCUCAUCUACGCUAUCCUUCACGAGCCAAUUUACUGCGAAGGCCAAGCCCCACGCUGGUCUGCCGAGAGAUUGCAGUCAGAGUUUCCCGAAUUCGAUCUCGACCGCGAAGGUCCCAUCUACUUUACGGGGGAAAUGAUCUUCUCCCACAUGUUUGAAGACUAUGCAGAGCUUCGGAAGGUCCAAGAUGUGGCAAAUCUUGUCGCCAACGACCCGGAAUGGUCGCCUCUCUUCGAUGAAGAGCAAUUGGCGAAGAAUGAAGUUCCAGUUUAUGCUGCAUCGUACAUUGAAGACAUGUAUGUGCAUACCGACUUGGCCAUGGAGACUGCGAAGAAGAUCAAAGGCUGCAAGGUUUUUACGACGAAUGUCAUGUUCCACGAUGCCAUUCGAUCCAGAAUGGACGAAGUGGUCAAGCAGGCGUUUGCGCUGAGGGAUGAUGUUUCCGAUUGA